AUGGCCGAAGCCAAGGCCUUCGCAGGGGGAGCCGGUGACCCGUCACUGGCCCCAACGCAGGCCGGGGCCUUCAAGCGCGGGGCCUCGAACUUCCAGAACUGGAUAACGCCCGGCACGGCCUUCCCGCCGGAGCCAGAUCGGUACCACCUCUACAUCAACUACACCUGCGGCUGGUGUCACCGUGCGUUGAUUAUCCAUGCACUCAAGAACAUCCCACAGAGCGUGGUCUCCGUCUCUUCCACGGCAAACUACUUCUGGGGAGGUGGGUUGGGAUCGGAUGACUACUCUGGCUGGGCCUUCGAUGCUGAGAAUCCAGAUCCUGUUCUCAAUGCCAAACACACGCGUGAGAUCUACCUAACAGACUCGCCUGAUUAUGGCCGCAGACAGCUGAGUGUGCCCAUACUCUUCGACAAGAAGACCAGAAAAAUCGUGAGCAACGACAACAUCCAGAUAGGCUACAUCCUGAACUCCUGCUUGGACGAUCUGCUCGAUGAGGAGGGCAGGAAGCUUGACCUCUACCCGGAGCCGCUGCGGCCCCAAAUCGAUGAACUCAACACGCUGAUCUAUCCCAACAUCAAUGAUGGGGUCUACCGCGUGGCAUUCGCGAAGGAGCCGGACCUCAAGGAGCAGAUGCGCCAGAAUGUUUUCAAAGCGCUGGCAGAGGUGGAGGCUAUCCUUGAGAAGUCCAAGGCGAAGGCCGCAGCAGAGGGCCGCGAGAAGUACGGCCUCGUAGCAGACUCUGGAGACGGCAUCUCGCUCGCGGACGUCCGUGCUUUUCCACACCUGAUUCGCUUCGAUACCUGCUACUUCACGGCCUUCAAGUGCAAUAUCCGGCGACUCAACUCCGGGGAGUACCCACACAUCAUGGAGUGGCUGCAACGCAUGUAUAUGAUGCCUGAGGUUAAGCAGACUUGCAAGAUCUACCUGGCAUGCAUGGGCUACAACCGGGACCAUGGCGACGGUGCCGGAGAAAAGGCCUGGAAAGAGGAGCGCUACGAAUGGUUGGAGGCUUAG